AAGAACGUCGCACAUAAACAGAAGGAGGGAUGCCGACUUCUUAGUGCACUUAUUGAUGCUUCUGCUAAUAGAAAUGAUUUAUCAGUGCCUUCACCGUUUCAAAAUCCAUGCCUGAUACUUACAGAGAGAGCUUCAGACAGGCUUGUGCUAUGGCGGUGUCCUUUCGAAUCCCCAAAAAGAAGCAGCCAUCAGAUUCCUGCAGUCUUGACAUGCAGUCUCCGCUUUCUCGACUGCAGGGCGAUAAUUCACAAAAGAAUCAAUGGGGUUCUGUCACAUUUAAUGGAAGAACGCCUCAUAAAUCCAGUUCUAAUGAAAAUAUGCUGUCAAAGGAUAGUCAGAGAAGAGAUUCAUUGAGCGGCGAAAGUCGGUCAUCUGACUUGCGUUCUCCAAAUUCCAGAAGAGCCACAGGUGGACGGUUAAGCUUUAAAAUGAACCAUCAGCCAAUAAAAAUCAGCCCUGCUCGAGUGAACGGGAUGCCCUAUAAGGUGUCGGAUACAUCUGGCUUUAGGCCUCAGUGUCAAACUCCCACCACAGCACAAGACUUCACUGCAAAAAACAGUUGGAGACCCAAAAGAGCAUCUGAUACACUUCUCAGCCAUGAUGAGAACCAUACAGAGGCUCCACAAUGCUCUGCUUUCAAGAUUCACAGAGGCCUGGAUUCUGAGGAAUUGGAGGAAGAAGAAACAGAAGAGACACAAGGCCGCUCUCAGGUCAAAGAGACGCAGAGGGUGACCUCUUCAGAACACUGCAAAGUGACAUCUGCAGUCUCUGUUUCUAAGAAAGCAACAAGCAAACACAAGAAUGGAACAGAAGAAGCUGUUUCUAAACCGUCCAACCACUCAGGCCUCCAUGUUCAGGAAGCUCCAGCCAUGCGUCUGAGGACCGCUGAGGAAAAGGCUGCCCCAUCUGUGCCUGUUAGAAAAGACCCCCUGACCUCAGAGACUGCAGAGAAGAAGAGCAAAGAUCCUUUUGAGUCUUUUUACAGCAGCAAAUUGAGAAGGAAGCCUCAGAGUUUCUGCAAGACCUACAAGAGAACCAAGCCCAGCUCCACAGAGCCGAUCGUCCUGUCCAGCGAUGAUGAAGGAGCCAAUGAGGUAAAUGACGUGUCUGGAGGUCUGCAAGAGCAGCGGAUCUCUGAGGGGAUCAGAGACACUCAGACAGGGAACCAAAAGAGCCCAAAGACAAACGCAGGAGGUGAAAGAUCAACGACCAAAGUAGAAGUGCCUUCCAUCAUGGAGCUGGAGUUCAGCAGACUCCAUUACGACACAAUCCAGGCCCAAGCCAACGGAACAAUUGUGAUCACAGAUGAAGGCAUCUCGGUACCACUGAAAGAUGCGGAUGAAGAAGGUGAAGUAGCCAUUAGCAUUUCAUGCUCUCAGCUUCACAUGUACGGUGUGUGGGAUGGUGGACUGGCCCGUGACGGCAGUCUGUUAUCCAGCACAGAGGAACCCGCUCCUUCCCUCCUCUUCCUCAUGGUGUCAGAUGCUCAAGCCAGGCUGCUUCGGAAAGAGCUGUCUUUGCUAUACAAUUCACACACUUCAGGACAGGCCUGUCCGUUUGUCCUGCUGGUGUUGAGUGGUCAGCUGGAUGACCUUCAAGUGGCUCUGUUGUCAUCUCUCAUGGAUGUGAUUGGGCUGAGAUACGCUCAGGACUCUCUGAGUAACUCUGUAUCCUGGGCUGAUGGGCUCAGUCGACUUCACUGUCACCCACAGGGAGAACACUUCCUUUCACUGCUGGGGCAAAACUACAAAGACACGGGGCAAGACACAGCAAAGGAGAACGCAAGUGGGACCAACAGCUGGCUCAAAGAGCCAACUGCUCGCAGACCCCUACGGAGCCACAGCAAACCACAGAGUUUACCACGCAGGCUGAUCCAGUACCCGCCUCCACCCUCCAAAGGCGGAAUUACGGUGACAACCGAGGACCUGGAGUGCCUCAAAGAUGGAGAGUUUCUUAACGACGUCAUCAUCGAUUUUUACCUCAAGUAUCUUCUGUUGGAAAGAGCCGAUAAAGGUAUUGCAGAAAGAUCUCAUAUCUUCAGCAGCUUCUUUUACAAACAACUUACUCGAAAAGACACCAGCGGCCCGGAAGAGGCUGGAAGCACGUCUGCAUACAGACGACAUCAGAGAGUGAGAACGUGGACACGACAUGUGGACAUUUUUAGCAAAGACUACCUUUUUAUACCCGUUAAUCAUGAGGCUCACUGGUACCUGGUGCUGAUCUGUUUUCCUGCUCUGGAAAGGCCUCAGAUUGUAGAGUGGAAACACAAAAGCUCAGUGUCCCAGGAUGGGAGCCAGACCACCAAAGAGAGACCCUCUGGGGAAUCUCAGAGAGAAAGUUCACAGCAACCGAAAGGAAACUUAUCGAAACUCAGUGAGUCGAGAUCCCACAACCUACCGGAUUGCACCGUACACAGCUGCACAAAAGAGACCAUCUGCAGGAGGCCCUGCAUUCUGAUCAUGGACUCCCUAAAACUGUCCUACCAUCAGCGCACAUACACACUGUUACGAGAGUAUCUGCAGGUGGAGUGGGAGGUUCGUAAAGGCAGCUGUCGCUCCUUCAACAAUGAGAGUAUGAGCGGGAGCCUCUGCCGUGUCCCAUUGCAGGAUAACAGCAGUGACUGCGGCCUCUACCUGCUGCAGUACGUAGAGAGCUUCCUGCAGAAUCCAGUGGUGGACUUCGCUCUGCCGCUGCGUCUGGAUCAGUGGUUUCCUCGUUCUCAGGUGCGCAAGAAGAGGGAGGAUCUGCGAGAGCUGGUGCUGCUUCUGUACCGCAGACAGACUGAACCCAAAGCAACCUGACCCGCGUUUAAAUAAAGGAUUUAUUUAUCAUUUCACUUUGUAUUUAUUUGUAUUAAAGGCUUUUAAACAAGA